AAGCAAUAUUUGUACAUGAAAUUUUCGCAAAAUUGACAAGUAUUUAUUCGGAAGAAAUGGCGAUACCGACAAUGCCUUGUACGUACGAGUUUUCCAGAGGCUUUGGUACCGGUGUGGCAGAAGCACUUGGAAACUGGGGCUUCUCUAACAGAACGUGUAGCGCCGGUCAAGAGCUACGACGUUUAAAGUGUCUUUUUGCAGAAAUGGAUUCUUUACGCAGCAAAAAGCAACCGGUGACAUGCGUUAAAUACGAUCCCAGGUACGAUCCUGAAGCAUGGUAUGUUAAGCCUAGCCCUCAUGAGUGUAAACCUGCAUGGACAUUUGCUGUAAACAGACCUCUUAUUACUUAUUGCUCGACUGCCACAAUUAUGAAAGUUUCUAAUUUACGUGAAGUCGGAUCGGAUUUAAAGCAUGUUAUUCCUGGCCGCAGCUAUGUUAAACAGGGUACAUUCAAAUGGUAUCGUCGAGGUUCAGACUGUUGCUAUCAACCUAGCUGUUUAGCUCCACAAUGUCCUGUGCAGUACUGUAGAAACUGAUCUUUAAAAUUUUUAUAUAGUUGCUUGUAAUCGUACUUGAUGAAAACAUUAAACCAAUGACAUUUCUUAAUUUUUUUCUAAUAAAUUAUAUCUG